AUGGGGCUUUCAUUCUUCUUCUUCUUCUUCUUCUUCUUCUUCUUCUUCUUCUUCUUCUUUGUGGAACUCACCAGAGGACAAAACAACAGACUAACCGAAGUUAAUGUUGGUGUUGUUACAGAUGUGGGGACUUCAUACUCGGACGUUUCCAUGCUCUGCAUCAACAUGUCUCUCGUUGACUUCUAUUCUUCUCAUCCCCAACUCAAGACAAGGCUUGUCGUCAACAUCGGUGACUCCAGAAAAGACGUCAUCGGUGCCGCAGCUGCAGCUCUUGAUCUUAUAAAGAACAAGCAAGUGAAAGCGAUAGUGGGGCCCUGGACAUCUAUGCAAGCUCAUUUCUUGAUCGAAAUUGGCCAAAAAUCCCGGGUUCCGAUUAUUUCAUAUUCUGCAACAAGUCCAUCUCUUACUUCUCUUCGCAGUCCAUACUUCUUUCGUGCUACGUACGAUGACUCAUCUCAAGUGCAUGCCAUAAAAGCUAUCGUCAAGUUGUUCGGGUGGAGAGAAGUUGUGCCUGUUUACAUCGACAACACCUUUGGAGAAGGUAUAAUGCCUCGUCUUACCGAUGCGUUACAAGAGAUCAACGUACGAAUACCGUAUAGAACCGUGAUCUCUCUAAACGCCACCGAUACUGAGAUCUCUGUGGAGCUUCUAAAGAUGAUGAACAUGCCAACAAGAGUCUUUAUUGUACACAUGUACACUGCUCUUGCCUCAAGAUUCUUCAUCAAAGCUAAGGAGAUUGGUUUGAUGAAACCAGGAUAUGUCUGGAUCCUAACCAAUGGAGUCAUGGAUGACUUAAGCUCCAUAAAUAAGACGGGCAUCGAUGGUAUGGAGGGUGUCUUGGGUGUAAAGACUUAUAUUCAGAAAUCCGAAGAUCUCGACAACUUUAAAGCUCGAUGGAGUAAGCUAUUCCCACGACUGGAUAUGAGUGUCUAUGGACUGUGGACUUAUGAUGCUAUCACCACACUGGCGAUGGCAGUUGAAGAAGCUGGAACAAACAACCUUACUUUUAGUAACGCGGAUCCUAGGAGAAAUGUUUCUGACCUUGAAACCCUUGGUGUAUCUCAAUAUGGCCCAAUGCUUCUUCCAACACUCUCAAGAGUUCGUUUUAGAGGACUCGCGGGAGAUUUUCGUUUUUUCAACAGGCAGCUGCAACCAUCGGUGUUUGAGAUUGUUAAUAUCAUCGGAACAGGAGAAAAAUCAUUAGGGUUCUGGACAGAGGAGAAUGGUCUUGUCAAGACACUAGGCCAGAAACCACAUAGCAUGAAUGCUUUAUCCAACUGGAAAGAUCAUCUCAAGCACAUUACAUGGCCUGGAGAGGCAGAUUCUGUUCCCCCAGGAUGGGAGAUCCCGACCAAUGGGAAGAAGUUGCGUAUCGGAGUCCCAAAGAGAACCGGUUUCCCGGUCUAG